GCCCAUGUUGGUAUCUAAUUGAGCAUGCGCAUGUCCUGCCAUAGGAAAGUGAAAACGAACAUGACCAGCGAAGACGUAAUACUUGCAACAGUAUAAACUAUAUAACGACAUGUGACACAUUCAUCAACACACACCUAGGUUGUUCCUCGACUCAUCAAGUCGUGUCAAAGAUACACCAUGUCGGCCCUUAGAUUCAUCAUUUCCUUAGCCGCCAUCAUAGCUAGCUGCAGUGCUAGCAUAGGCCACGCUCACAUAGUACCAGCAGUCAGAUCCUUCCCCAUCGUUAGAUACGCUCCGUUCUACAACUUCCCACACGGCAUCAGAUCCAUCCACGCCGUAGCACCUGCCCCGCUAGCCGCUGUUGCGCCAGCACCUGUACUGCCAGCGCCGCUGCCUGCUCCAGUGUUUCCGGCGCCUGUACCAGCCCCAGUAUUACCAGCGCCAGCACCGUUCUUCGCGCCUGCUGUACCAAGAUUAGCGCCUGCGGUUCCAGCGUUCCCGGCUCCUGUAUUUGCGCGAGCUCUACCAGUGCCCGCGCCUGUUCCUUAUGCGCCCAUUGUGAGGCCAGCUUAUGCGCCAGCUUAUGCGCCAGCUCCCGUAUUUGCGCCUGCCCCAGUAGCACCAGCUCCUGUGUUUGCACCUGCUCCUGCUCCAGUAUUAGCCCCGGCUCCAGCGCCAGUCUUUGCGCCAGCGCCUAUUCCUGUGGCAAGAGCAGUACCCCACCUGCACCUGUACAACAGGUUCCUCGCGCCAGCUCCACUGGCGCCGGCACCUGUCGCGUGGAAAUGAAUCUAGUCUGACAAUAGUAUUAAUAUUAAAAUUAAAUUUAUUUUUUACUUUAGUA